CGGUCACAGCUGCUUUAAUGUAAACAAACAUUUGAAGUUGUACUGUAAUCCGUAUAUCCGUUCCGGAGUUGUGAGUUUUGAUACUUUACAUUUGCAGUUUACUUGGAAGGAGAGCAAAUAUUAUUCUAAUAUAAACUACUUAUUUAUUUACUUCGAAGGCGACUUUAUAAUGGACUAUGAAUUUAAAGUGAAAACUGCAUCGGAACGUGUCAAAGUUGAAGAUUUGUUUGAAUUCGAAGGUUGCAAAGUAGGGCGAGGUACUUACGGUCAUGUUUAUAAAGCAAAACGAAAAGAUGGGACGGACACAAAGGAAUAUGCACUCAAGCAGAUAGAAGGAGCAGGACUAUCCAUGUCUGCAUGUAGAGAGAUUGCUCUUCUGCGUGAACUAAAGCACGGCAACGUGAUCACUCUGAUCCACGUUUUCCUGUCGCACACGGACAGGAAAGUAUGGCUGUUGAUUGACUAUGCGGAGCACGACUUGUGGCACAUAAUCAAGUUCCACCGGGCUGCGAAGGCCAACAAGAAGCCGGUGAUGGUGCCCAAGGGGAUGGUGAAGUCCCUGCUGUUCCAGAUCCUCGACGGAAUACACUACCUCCACACCAACUGGGUCCUGCACCGAGAUCUGAAACCGGCCAACAUCCUGGUGAUGGGGGAGGGCCCGGAGCGCGGGCGCGUGAAGAUCGCGGACAUGGGCUUCGCGCGGCUCUUCAACGCGCCCCUCAAGCCCCUGGCCGACCUGGACCCCGUGGUGGUCACCUUCUGGUACCGAGCCCCGGAGCUGCUGCUGGGGGCGCGGCACUACACCAAGGCCAUCGACAUCUGGGCCAUAGGCUGCAUCUUCGCGGAGCUGCUCACCUCGGAGCCCAUCUUCCACUGCCGGCAGGAGGACAUCAAGACCAGCAACCCGUACCACCACGACCAGCUGGACAGGAUAUUCAACGUGAUGGGCUUCCCGCAGGAGAAGGAGUGGGAGGACAUCAAGAAGAUGCCGGAGCACCCCACGCUGCUCAAGGACUUCAAGAGGGGCAAUUACUCCAACUGCUCCUUGCUCAAAUACAUGGACAGGCACAAGAUCAAGCAGGACAGCAAAGCCUUCCACCUGUUGCAGAAAUUACUACUGAUGGAUCCCACCAAGAGAAUCACGUCGGAGCAAGCAAUGGAAGAUGCUUACUUCCAGGAGGAUCCACUGCCGACGCCAGAUGUUUUUGCAGGCUGUCAGAUUCCUUACCCAAAGAGAGAAUUUUUGACUGAUGAUGACAAUGAAGACAAGUCCGACAACAAGGCUCGACAAAACCAAGCGCAAAAUCAGGGAAACCAAGGGGGGCGGCCUGACCAGAGCAGCCAGAACCACGGUCCCAGCGCCAAGCGGGUUCGCCUGGCUGCGCCCCAUCACCCGGCCGCCUCGGCCGGGGGCAUGGUGCACCAGCAGCAGGAGUACCACCACCUGCAGCAGCAGCAGCAGCAGCAGCAGCAGGGUAUGAUCUUCACUUCGCAGCAGGGUCCCACCUUCGUGCAGCAGAGGUUCGCCUGACGGGCGUCUUCGCGUCGUCCCGAACCUGGCGUGGCAUUUGCUUAGCUGUGAUACUCAGAAAUAACUGCAGGUGGGCCGACCGCCUUGUGCGUCCCGGGACUACCGUGUUUUAUCACACACACACACACAUGCAUGUAGCACAUCUCACACUGCAAUCUUGUGUGACUUUCUAGAAAAUAAAUAAUAAAAAAAGGGGAAAAAAAAACAAACCCACCUCUAAAUAUUAAAAUAAACUAGCAAUUUAGAUGAUUUACAAAACUAUAUGUACUUCACUUUUUUCAAGUUUGGAGGACUGACUGUUUGGUAUAUUUUUCUGUCUUGUAAUUUCACAACCUUUCUACUUCAGCAUUUCAUACUAAUUCCCGUCCCUUUUUCCUUAACUCCCAUACAAAUUUAAGCACAUGAGCAUCGAUAUCUGGAAAUUAUACAUGUGCCGGACUGCAAAAUGUUUUCCUUUCAACUUUGAAAUUCCUAAGCUCAGGUUUUUACGACAACUUGCUGUCCGGUCGCCUUACUGUUCGGUAAGGAAACUUUACUUCCAGCUUAAACCCAGCAGUGUAACUGCUGUGUGUUUCCAUUACGUGACUUUUGGUGUAGCAACAGGCAAACUGAAAGUAAACAAAACAACGAACGUUCCAAAGUAGCAGGAAGUUAGUUAUUAUGGUGGAGAAGAUGACAUACGUUUGCUUAUGGCCAAUAUCCAUGUAUUGCUUGUUCUGAAAAAAUAACAGUGCACACAAAUUCUGUUUGAUGUUUUCUAGCUUAUUUAUUUUUACCUUUAUUGGCAUUUGAAAAUAAUGAUGCUGCAAUUAGGCGAGAGUGAUUGUAUGUGCAAUAAAACAUGGUAAUUGCAAAAACUGACCAGGUAGCGACCACUUGGUAAUUGUAUUUAAUGUUUAUGCGGUUGUCCUGUACUGUGUCCUACAUAUUCUUCAUAUAAAGAAUGACAUGAGAAAUCAAAUACAAGCACUUAAUUUGGAGUGCUUAUGGUGUGUUUCAGACUGCUUGUUUGUGGGUUUCAAUGUCACUUUUAGAAUAGUAGUGUCUUUAUAAGGCAUAAACAUAAGUUAUUGUGAUUUAUUUUUUAAGCAUCUGCCUUUAACCUUUUUGGCCCAAAGGUUGCUGGAGAUACAAUGUAAAUUUCAAAACAUUCUGACAAAUGUUAAUUAAUUUAUGCUUGAUUCAUGUUAUUAUAGGAUUGAGUUAUUUUAAUAAUUCAUAAUUAAAUAGAACAUUAAUUGUAAAAUAUGAUAACUUUAAUGACAGAUUUUGAUGUCUUUUGAUUUAUAAUGGUUACUCAAUUUGGUUCAGCAUGAAAUUAUAAAAUAAUUAUUUGUUAGUACCAAAGUGUGUAAUUUUUGACAGAAUGUUAUUUACAGCUCCAUACAAACUGUCGUGUUAACCAAAAUAAAAGGAUGCUGUUGUGUUCAUGAGGCAUUCUGGCACCCAAAACAAUCAUAAAUAAAUCUUACAUCUGCCAAAAUUUAUUAAAAAUUUGUCUGAGGAGAGUAUAUAAAUGUACAGUAUACAGGACUGUGCCUUGAUUGUUAAUCACGUGGUGCAAAAGAAAAAAAUAUAUAUCAAAAUGUAACAGUUCCUAGUGUUGGAUUUAAUAAACAUAUUUUAAGAUAAUCUUCCUUUGUGUUUAUUUGAUGUGCUAGUAAUACAGGAUGA